UCCAGAAAUGGCUGUUUCUCUGUACAGGAACUUACUUCAGAGUACGAAGGAAAGGAUACUACAGCAGCGAAGGGUGUCACUGUAUAAUGAUGCUCAUGGCUAUGAGGAAGAAUUGAUAAAGAAGAAACUUCAGCAGUUUGCUGGUGGAUCCAUCAACCUAUCCAAAGAAGACGGUGGCAUUGGAAUACUUACUUUGAACAACCCAAAGCUUAUGAAUGCCUUUACAGGUACUAUGAUGCUAGAACUUGAGGAGAGGGUAACUGAACUGGAAGACUGGAAGGAUGGCAAAGGCCUUAUCAUCUGUGGUGCAGGAAACACCUUUUGCUCAGGAUCUGAUUUGAAUGCUGUCAAAGCAAUGUCCAAAUCCCAG